AUGGGUAACAAACGCAAAAAAUAUAGUUGCAGUAGAAAUUCGAAGUCUGCAGCGAACGCCAGGCAAUCAAAAAGGAGAAAGAUUAACGAGGAAAAAAACCAACGUACUCAUGAAUCUCCUGACAAUAACGACUCCUGUGUUGAUUCAAAAAAUAAUAAUCGUGACAAUGAAUUAUUUGAUGCACUCAUAUCGGAUCUGGAAAAAAUAGAUGAGAAAAAACAAAAUAUACAUUUAGAAGAAACGGCAAAUAUUGAAGAGUUUGAAUUGGAAGUGGAGCCACAAAAACAUAUCAUUCCUCCAUAUCAAAUUAUAGGAAGAAGGAUUGUUGAUUUCAUGUAUUUCUUUGAUCAAAUCAAAAUCGUAGCUAACCAUAAUCCUGGACUCGGUUGUUCAAUAAGUAAUGUUGAAAUUGUCAAAGAAAUACUUAAUGGCUUAGAAUCGACAAUCCACUUCAAAUGUACAAUGUGUAACAAGAAAUUUAAUGUCACACUAUGCAAUAAUAAUUUUCCAAAAGAGAUGACCACAAACCAUGCUGCAGUGACUGGUGCCAUGUUAAUUGGUUGUGGUUGGAGCAACCUGAAUGAGUUUUUGAGUGCUAUAGAUCUUCCAAAUUUAGGUCAAAAAUCUUAUGCAACUUGCCAUAAUGACGUAUCCAAGUGGUGGGCAGUUGCUGCAGAGGCAUCAAUGAAAGAGGCUGCUGAGGAGGAAGCAAAGCUAGCCAUCGAAGGUGGUGAAGUUAUAACAGGAAUUCCUUCAAUCACAGUAGUAGCCGAUGCUUGUUGGUCGAAACGGUCCUACAAAAGUUCCUCGAGUAGCAUGGAACAAGCUAGUAUUGUCGAAGGCUUCAAAAACUCAGUUGAAAAGCGCAAUUUAAUAUACUCGACGCUUAUCGCCGAUGGAGAUGCGAGCACAUACAAAAAAAUUUUGGAAAGCCGGCCCUAUGCCAAUGUUCAAGUCCAGAAAAUUGAAUGCUCCAAUCACUUAUUAAGAAACUACUGUAGCAAACUAAUGCAACUGCAAAAAGAUACUUCGAUUCCUCUUACUGAGCGCAAAUUAUUAACUUCCGAACGCAUCACUCGUCUCCGAACAGCGGUAAGAGCAGCAGCUCGCUUUCGCAAUGCUCAAACUACAAGCAACUCUGAAAAAAAUUUAAAACUAAGAGACGACAUCAUCAACAGUCCGAAGCAUGUUUUUGGCGACCACAGUGCAUGUGAAAAUUAUUAUUGUCCAGAGGAUAAAAAAAAAGAGCAGAACCUAGUUCCUGUUGUAAAAAACUUGUUUGGUAAACUUAUAGCUCACGUGUCCCAAAUAGCCUUGCAUUCUAAAAGUUUACUCUGGAAUGUCAACAACAACAGAGCCGAACAGUUUAAUAGCAUUGUGGCUAAGCAUAUAGGGGGAAAAAGAAUAAAUUUUUCUUUAAAAAACUCUUAUACUGCCAGGUGCCAUGCUGCGGUUGUUGCAUUUAAUACCGGUAAACCACAGUACAAUUUAUACCAAACUAACUUCAAACAAAGUCCGAGGAAAGCUGUAAAAAUACUGGAGUUGCGCCGGCGUAGGCGCAAUAUUCAUCGCCGCCGUCAAGGUCCUAAAAGGAAAAUAAUAUUUAGUAAUGAGAACCGAGACUACGGAGAGAAAUGCCAAAAACCAGAUUUGAGUCCAGAGCAGUACGACAUAGCCAAAAGUUUGUUUUUGUCUAAUUUGAAAGAACUUGUGGAAAAUCGUCAUGCCGUUGAACGUGACACGGUAUUACAAGCUGAAAGUGCGUUGUGGCUAGAGCUCCGUAGAUGCCUGUUGACAGCCUCAUCAUUCAGCAUGAUUUGCAAGAGACGACCCAACAUAAGCUCAGCACCUCUUGUGAAGUCCAUCGUAUACUCGUAUUCGUUGGACAAAGUGCCAGCCAUAGAAUAUGGUAAAAGUAAUGCUAUAGACCAACUACAGCAACAAGAAAACAUCGUUGUGGAAAAGUGUGGACUUUUCAUCGACAAAGAGCAUUAUUUCUUGGGUGCAUCUCCCGAUGGUCUCUACAACCAGGGAAUUAUUGAAAUAAAAUGUCCAUAUUCUGCACGCAACAUGGAUGCUGAGGAAGCGAUAAGGCAGAGCAAAAUUAAAUUUUGGAAAUUGGACGGCACCGUUAAUACCAACCACGAUUGGUAUUACCAAAUUCAGGGGCAGCUUCACAUUAGCGAAAAGAAAUUGUGUCUUUUUGCUGUGUGGACUGGUCAACAAUUUCCACUUAAAGUGGAAGUAAUAUCAAGGGACGAGGGUUUUUUGGUGCCAAAAAAUGAAACCGAAAUUAAUCAAUUUCUACGAAAAACUGAGAUCUUUGGAGUGAGGAGACGAUUGGAGGAAGACGUUGUGGCGACGGCGUUGUUACGCGGGUUGCCGGCGCUGGCGCAUAGAGUCAAAGACUAUUAUGUGGCCUGGCGCGGCGCUGAGUCGGCUCCACAACCUCGGAGGUCUCCCGCUAUAGACCUUGAUUUACCCUUUCUGCAGAGCAUAUACGACGCUGCGUACCCCAGUCACGCGGAUGUUCUAUACGAACACGAUCAGUUGUGUGUCGACAACAGUGACCUGUCCUUGGGUGUAGAUAAAUUGUCCAUCGAACCUGGCAAAUCGUACCUCAAGGAGAAGAAGUUCGCCACCAUGCAGCCCGUCUUGCGCACUAUGAUGCCCAACAGACGGAUGAACAGUCAAAAGGAAGCUGUGUUGGGUAUACUUAAGCGAAACCUGAACGCGCCGCGCUUGGCGGAAGCAACCAACACUCGUCACUUUGUCGGAGAGUGUAUGGCUGUUAACUUCCUUAGGAGUGCUGUGGAUCCUGACAAGGCUUUCUUACUGGAUGAGUAUAAAGAUGACCCAAUAGACCUCAACCCUGCGCUUGUGACCAAGUGGUUGCUUACACAGAAACCCCAAGUGGCGAUGCAAGCGCAGUCAGAUGCAGGUCUGGAGACACGUGCUUUCAAUACCUUUUCCUAUAUGGUGAAGGCGGACCUGAAGCCCCCUUUGGAGGAAGCGGCCCAGCACGAAUACGCAAGUGUGCAGACAAUCGCGUAUAAUACGAAGGAUGUGAACGUGGUGUUUUGUACAAUCUUCCCUGAAGUGCGAGAUCGUUUGCUUCGCGUGUACUUACCGAAGUUACAAAUACUUACUGGUAUGUCACCGAGUGCGUUCGUGGACCAUCUGAACGCUUUGGUGGAUGCUAGUAGGCUGGCGAGAUGCUACGCAGUGGAAAAUGACAUGCGCAAAUACAAGUCACAGGACGCGGCUGUACUUAUGUUUGAGUGUUCUAUUAUGAGAACUGUCGGAAUAGCUGAACAUCUUGUGGAACUUUGGUACAACUCGCACGCCGAAAGUAGGUUUGUGGACAAGCACAAUGGCAUAACUGAUAUAAAGUUUCAACGGCGGUCGGGUGAUGCAAGUACUUUCUUAGGAAAUACUUUAUUCUGCAUGGCCGUCGUGUUGGCUACUUACGAUGUCGACGACAUAGUUCUGGGACUUUUCGCUGGUGACGACUCUUUGUUGUACAUGCAGUCUCGUUUUGCGGCUAGUGUGGAUAACUCGGGAAAGUUGGCGGCGUUGUUUAAUUUAGAGUCCAAACUGUUGACCGGUUUCAAGCACGCUUAUUUUUGUUCGAAGUUUCUGCUACUCGGUGAACACCGUUUGCAGCUGAUACCGGACCCCAUGAAGACUCUUUGUAAGCUGGGUAGGCGUGACCUGCGAGACGAGGACCACGUCGAGGAGUACAGGCGAUCAAUUGCUGACAAUUUGUCGGCCUUGGGUAAUGCAGAAUGGUACGAGGUUCUUUCCGACGCUGUAGUCGAACGGUAUAAGCUAAAGGGGUUGGAGCUAACGAAGUUCUUCUCGGUGCUGCACUCGGUACUCAACUCACCAACUGAAUUUGCGAGUCUGUACCGUUGUCCUGAGAGUGGGAGAUUGUUGAAGGACCCGUCUAGGCAGGUCUUCGAGAAGAAACAGACGAACCCACAACAACCGCUGCAACUGUACACGCAGGGAACGAUUGAGUAG